GACUUAGGUUGCUGGAUUUUGACCAGUUUUCCAACAUGGGUUGUAAACCCUAAGACACACGAAAGAGACAACAAUGGCAUCAAACGAGAAUUUGUGACAGGUCACAUGUUCAUAUCGGAAUAUAAGAUGUGAAAAGUUUGGCAUAGAAAAGGGAAUGUUGCAAUCCAAGAAUGAGCACAAAUGUGACAAAAAUUGUCUCAGAAGAGUCUGAGAAGAAUGAUGCAGAGAAUUUCUCACACAGAAAGCAACAUUAACAGUAUUAUAUUGAACAAUGGGGUCCUUCCCACAUACUUCACAAAGGAACAAUUCAAAAUAGAAUUGUUUACAUGUAGAAAACGAAAAACAACUACGUUGGAAGGUUGCCUUGUCAUGUUGUGCUUGUCUUUGAUUUGUUGAAGAUAAAAGGAAAUGUUUGUGAGCAUCAGCAGUGAAAGUGAAACAAUCACAGCACAGAUUCACAAUAUAAAAACACCUCAUAAUGCUUCUAAUUCUGCAGUCUCUUCUGAUCCUUAAUUUUUUGUCAUUCAUUCACACAAAUAACACUGAAAGGGGUUUUACUUUUUCUUGACUUGGUUGGUGACAUAUUCCUUUGGAAAGAGCUUAAAUAGCAUACAAACACACCCUCUUCUCAACACCAAAGUCAUCAUCAUUUUCAUUGGAGCCAUAUCCUAAAAGGGAGGCAGAAGUUUUGGGAACAGAAACCUUAUUGGGAGGCACAUAACUUGAAAUUUGCAAACACUAUAUUUGAAAAAGUAGUGACAUCUUGAGAAGCCUCUCUCUAUAUAUAUUUGCAUUUGGCUUUUGGAGAAGUGAUCCAAAAGAACAUGGAGGAGAGGAAUGAGAUGGAAAAGAUUGAUGAUGUUAUGCCAGGAUUUCGUUUUCACCCCACUGAUGAAGAGCUUGUUGAUUUCUAUCUCAAGAGAAAAAUUCAGCAGAAGUCUCUCCCUAUUGAACUGAUUAAGCAAGUGGAUAUUUACAAACAUGAUCCAUGGGACCUUCCAAAGCUUGCAGGCACAGGGGAGAAAGAGUGGUACUUCUAUUGUCCAAGGGACAGAAAAUACAGGAAUAGUGCACGGCCAAAUAGGGUGACAAGAGCUGGGUUUUGGAAGGCCACUGGAACUGACAGACCUAUAUAUUCCUCUGAAGGAAAGUGCAUUGGUCUGAAGAAGUCUCUUGUGUUCUACCGAGGAAGAGCUGCCAAAGGAAUGAAAACUGAUUGGAUGAUGCAUGAGUUUAGGCUUCCUUGCAUCUCUGACUCUUCCCCUUCCAAAAAACUCUCAGACAAAACCCUCCCUCCAACUGAUUCAUGGGCAAUCUGUAGGAUAUUCAAGAAAACCAACUCCAUUUCCAUGGCACAGAAAGCUUUAUCACACCCUUGGAUCUCUCAGUUAUCUGGAAGCAUGGUAUCAGACAUGUUCACACAGGGUGCAGCAACAAACCAUCAUCUAGGAUCACCAGCCAUUCAAUUUUGUGAAGAUAAGCAAGAGUUAAACCAAGUCUCCAACAAUGAAAUCAACACCAACUUCACAGCUUCAGAUAUUCCCAGUUACAAACCCAUCGACAGCAUCACAGUUCCCAAGCCUUCACCACAAAUUCCUGUUUCAGAUGAUUUCAUAUUCUACACAGAACAUACCAAGUGCACACUUGAUGCCAGUUCCAUGCUUUCUCCCAACCCUGACUACAUAACAUUUGAAGAGCCAAACCAGCAACAGUAUAGUGGCUUCUCGACCAAUCUACCUCACUUCAUCCAACAACAAAACAUGAGCACAGAAACAGUAACAAAGGAACAACAAGAUUGGGAAACAAUUGGGAGAACCACUGGUUUUCCCUUUACUUUGCUUCCCCCAUAUGAUUCAUGGAAGUCUUCUUCUGUGGUUUGGGAGUCACCUUCUUGCCCCAGUGACAUCUCCACUACCUAUUCCACCAGUAAAUGCUACACUUGAUUCAUCAACCAAAUUGGGUGCAUUCAUGGUGUGUGUGAUCAGGUUUACCACUUCUACAAUUUUGGUAUAUUUACCACUAAAAUCAAUACCACUAGGUGCUGAUUUUACUUGUAAAUAUACAAGGGUUACCAUUGCUUCCUUGUUCGUAGUUAAAUGUACCUGAAGGUAACCUCCACCAAGAAACACAGAAAAGAGUCCAAAUUUUACAAGUCAUGCAUGUGCUGGGAAAAUAGAUCUUCCAUGUUAGUUUUUCAUAUGACAGGAUCAUGUGAAGGGAAAAAAAAUACACAAAAAUUCUAGUUCUUAUGUGUGUCUAUGUUUCUAAUUCAUGUGAUUCUCUCACAUUUGCUAAACUCUCUAGGAAUGAUUCAUUUUGGGUGCAGCAAUCACUUGUUUCAAGGAGGUUUGCUUAUAUGCUUAUAUAUUUCAUGUGCUUGGUAUUAUAUUUACCAAGAUGUACAUAUAGUUCCAUUUUCUGCAUAUAGCUUUAAUUUU